UUUUUUUGUAGACCUGACAAAAGUGGCCAGGAACAAAUUCUUAAAUUUUAUGGACGCCCAGGACAGUUGAAGGAGCCAAAGUGUGAUGAUACACAUCACCCAGAGAUCUGUUCAUACCAGUUAAUCAAGUUAAUGGAACAUCAUGUGUCUUGUGAUGUGAAAGUGUGUGGGUCUUCAGAGAUUCAAAUGGCUUCUGUGAAUCCAGAAAUGGGAAAAGCUGUAGAUGAUUGGGAAACAUUACCAAAGGAAAAAGUUACUUAUAAAGUAAAGGAGGCAGUGAAAACAAACUUGGAAAGAGGAUUUCAUUUCUUGUUCCUUAGAUGUGGAGGUAUUUUUCAAGCCUUGAGUUUUCCUCCUAUCUUCCAGAAAAAUGAAAAUGAUGAAGAUAGAGGAGCUAUUAAUGUAAAUAUUAUCAUGUUGGACUCUAUCUCAAGACCACACUUCUAUCGAACUAUGCCAAAAGCCACAGAGGCUUUGAAGAAGAUUAGUGAAGAUUCUGCAAUCAAGGCCAUGUUCCUGGACUUUGAACUUGUUCAAAGCAUUGGUCAACAAACUUUUGAAAACUUAAGACCAUUCUUUUGUGGUGUUCUGAAAGGUGCGUCAACAAAAUUCUUUUCCUUUGUCGUAAACUCAUUCAUAAUUGUAGAGUGCUUCUAGGAAAUAGGAAAGGCAGUUGUCUUGAAAGGGUUCUUUUUUUUUUUUUCCAGGACCAACUAAGAAUCUCUGUCAGGGCCUUCCCCUUUACUCUCAGACUAAUUGAUCAACUGUUACUCCUGGGCACAAGUCAUUUGAUUUCAACAGUAAUUGCAAAUUAAUCAGACUCAAUUUUGGUAAAUCAAAAUUCUUGUUAAAGAAGGCACUUGAACAGAAACUUUUAUUGAUUAGUACUACACAUGUUCAUUGUAUUGUUUCUUGUCUGAAACCUGAUUGAAGCUGGUCAAGGAUUAAUACAAAUUGCUUUUAUUUAACCUUUUCACUCCUAUGAUACAGUUCUUGUGAUGUUAGUUCAGAGAAUUUGGUAUUAGAUCAACUAACAAUCCCUAAAUUGACUGAUAUUUUUCUUUAUUCUCAUCACUUGAUACUGUAUUGAUAUUCUGAAGAGAAAUGCUGUCUUGGUCACUCAUGGGAGUUAAAGGGUUAACACCUCUCAUACCACUACUACUCUACUACUACCAUUUCUACUACUACCUCCUCUACUAUGACAACUACUACUACUAAAUUGUAUUGUAAACUUAUCAGAUGACAAUGAAGUAAGUGUAUCUGGAAAGAAUACAAAGGCUCCUUUGGGUGUGGAAGUGCUAUAUGGAGCCUUCAAAAAGUGGGGCUACCAGACGUUCUUUCAAGAGGACCUUUGUUGGUACGAUAUAUGGGGGAGUGUGUUAACGGAUAUUGAAAGGAGAGCAAUGCCUAAAACAAAUUCUGAAUACCGAACGAGGUGAGUUGUUGGUUAAAUUAUUGUUUUAGUCUCACCAGCCAAGUGGCUCAAGCUGCAGAAGCUGGUUGCUGUGUCCUUAUCAUGAAGCAUAACAGAGUAUUGCCUCCUUUUUUGGGUGGACCCCAGUCCAUUAUAGUUCAGCCCUAGCUGGUUUCCUUCACAGUUUUUUUGUUACAUAUUUAAAUUACAUGAAGGAGAAAAACAAUAUAAGAGUAAAGUAUUUCGCCCAAAAUCACAAGAUUGCCAUACCCUGGAAAGGAGAUUAGGGCUAACCCAGGGUUAAAUUUCAAUUUGAAUAUCUUUUUUCCUUUGGUCAAAAGCCUUUUUGGGAUAACUUCCUCUAUUCUUUUUAGAGCAUUGAAUCAUAAAUUUGUAGACAAAAACAAUUGUACUGAAUUUUCUUUUAAAGCUUUCAGAUGUAAAAUCAGAUCACACACUAACCCUGGGUUAUCUUAACUCGGCUUUGAACAACCCAGCCUUGCUGAACUUUCAAUCUUGAGUCUAAUGAGCAACAAACAAGAACUCCAUUAUAAGUAUACUGGAUGUGAUAAAUUCUGGCCUGCAAAAUGAUUACAAAAAUGUAAAGGAGAACAAAGUCGGUGAAAAAUUGUGUAUUUACUCUAACUUCACACUUAAUUUCGUUAAUGUUGCAUUGUAAUUGAUGUGAGAUAAUAGAGUGUGAACUAUUUUAAAUCAGGUGGAAAGAAUUUCAGGAAAAGAGGGAACAAAAGAUGGUGGACCUCCUGGGGAUCACGCAUUUUUCCUGCACUGUGUUGAACAGAAUUGGAAGGACCAAUCACUAUGACAGUCCUCAGAAAAUUUGUCUUAAUGGACAGUUUUACAGUUGGUACUUCUUCGACUACAUAAGAAAGGUGUAUACUGCCUUAGAAAACAACAGAAAAGCUAAACCAUUGGUGUCAUACAUGCAUUUCAACACAGGACAUGAGAUGACAGGGAAACGAAUGAUCAACAUGGAUGCCAGCAUGGCAAAGUUUUUCACAGAUAUGGCCUUGUUUCCAAACACUUUGACUGUGAUUUUUUCAGACCAUGGUCACAAAAUGACUCCAUUCAGUUACACUGAAGAGGGAAGGAGAGAGUUAUUUGAUCCAGUGUUCUUCAUGAUUGUCCCUGAUGGUGUUAAGGAAAAACUGGGACCCGAAAGGAUGGGAGCCUUGGUAACAAACCAGAAGCGCAUCUUUAUGUUGUACGAUGUUCACAAAGCACUCAUGAGUUUGCACGAUUCUCAGAAAAAGGACUCUAAGGAUUAUUCAGUUUCAGGAAUAUUUUCAGAAAUCCCGGCCAAUCGCACUUGUGCAGACUUGUACAUGCUUCCCUUAACAAGAUGCAAAUGUGAAGGUUUUGAUGAAGCAAUUCCUGUAAAGGAUAAUGCAGACGAUACAAAGUGGUUGGCAGAAUUUGCUGUGGGAUAUAUUAAUGAUGCUAUUCAAAAGCAACACAUGGACGGUAAGAUGUGUUCUGUAAUUUUUCCUCUGUUUUCUCUGCAUUUAAUGGUUGUGGAAGUAAAAUGCUGCUGCUGAAACAAAUUGUCACUCAAGCUACAAUGCAUUUUGAUCAAAUUGAAGGAAAUGAAGGGAGAUGGGUGAGGUGUGAUGAAGCAGGGUGGGGUGAGGGGAAGUAAGAUGAAGGAAUGGAGAGAGAUUAGUGCUGUGGGUUCGGUUGUGUUAGGUUAGUUGUGUUGGGGUGGGGUUUGGUGUCGUUAGACUGGUAGGGUGGGUACGAUUAGUUAAGAUGAGGGUGGGGAGGCAAGGUUGAGGUUGGUUAGUGAGAUGUGAUAGGGUUAGACUGGCAGAAGUUUGGUCAAAUACAGUGAGGUUAGGUUGGGUGAGGAAAGAUUGGAUGAGCUAAGAUAAGUGGAAGAUCAAUGUAGUAACCGGACGAGAGCCGUGGCUAGAUUGAAUGAGAUGAAGUUAUUUGUGUAAAAAGUAGGUGAGGUGAGAGCGGUUGAAGUGAGCUGAGGGAAAUUGUAGUGAGUUGAAAUGCCUGAUUCAAGAAAAAAAUGCAUUCCUGAAAUGCAUGAUUUUCAUUUAUUUUUCACUCUCGUCAGGAAGUGGUGACUCAAAGUAUGGCUAUGGAAACUGCCAGCGCUUAGUUGGAAAAUCAUUUGAAAAGGUCGUCAAACGAUUUCGAGGAGAAUACAUCUUGACCACGAUGGACAUUCACGUGUUCUCUCCAGCCGGAUUCACAGAGGAUGAAGUUUAUCGAGUCUCUGUCAAACAGUAUGCCAAACCAAAGCAAGGAGUAUCUUUCCUUAGUUCUAUCCGGCAAACGAUGUACAACAAGUUUGCCUCAUGUGCAGAUAAGUCCGUGGAUAUCAAGCUCUGUGCAUGCGCCAUAGAGCAAAACGCUGAUGACACUAAGAAAGAAUUGUUGUUUGACAAUGGAGUUCCACGCAAAAUGUUUGGUUCGGACACAAUUGUGAAAGACUUGGAUUCAAACUGUCUGUUAUUCUUGCGACGGAAUUUUGGGACGUUUUCAUUUGGGUUAGAAGUUGCAAAUGUUUGCACAAGUCGAACUUAUAAAUUUGAACUAACAGGCUCUAUGGAUCAAAGGAUAUUCUCUAGGACUUUGCCUAUCAAGCGAGAGUUACUCCCAAGGUCAUUUUAUUUUUUGACCUCGGUGUACAAAUACCUCUCAAAAGUAAACGAGCCGUUAGGAUUGAAGGCAAGUGUGAAGGUUAAGAAGGAUGGAUCAAACACUUUCAACAACUUAGGGAUCUUUAGUGUGUCAUGA